UUGUCUUGGUUUUUAAAUAUGUAUUUAUAUCUUGCUGUUGUACAUUCGUUGCGUAAUCGGGACGUAAAGCAAAAGUUAAAUGAAUUAUGAAUGAAGGCAUUAAAUAUCUUGCGUGUGGAGUUAAGACAGACCAUAUAUGGAAAUCGCCUAACCCGGAAGUAGAUUAGUAAGGUCAUUAAUGGUGGUUAAUCGAGCAAGGAAGUAAGGAAACAUCUAUUACCACAGACAACCAGGACGGAUACACUUAUUUAUUUAUACAAGGUAUUACAUUGAAGAAGGAAUUAAAUGGUGACAAUCACUCAAGUCAGACAUGGGAAAGCUUUUAAGUGUAUUAAAGAAUGACCCACCAUCCAAGAAUACAGACAUUUUUGUAGACUUUGAAAAUGCUCAGCCAACAGAAGAAGAGCGUGAAGUUUGGACAAUGGUGGAUAUUGUUGAACAAAAUGCAGUCCAUAUUUUAGAUCUAUUAAAGGACUACCAGGGAGCAUCUGAAAGUAUACGAAUGGCAAUAUCAAAUCCAAAGGUUGAAGAAUACCAGGAAAAAGCAUGGCAUGAUGUCAUUCCCCUGAUUUCAAAACUCAAAUUAUUUUAUGAAUUUUCCUUAAAACUUGAAACUGUAGUAAUGGGUUUAUUGAGAGAACUUUGUUCUCGGGAUUUAACUCCCAGACAGCAUCUUGAAACUCAACAAGCUUUCUUCAAACAGUUUGCGGAAAUAUUAGAUUUUGUUCUUAAGUUUGAUGACUUAAAGAUGACUAAUCCUGCUAUUCAAAAUGACUUCAGUUAUUAUAGAAGAACACUCAGUAGAAGGAAAAUGGCUAAUGAGGAUGAUAUUGAAGAUGAUUUAGAAGUAUCUAAUGAGAUGGCUAAUAGAAUGUCAUUAUUCUAUGCCCAUGCUACACCCAUGUUAAAAACAUUAAGUGAUACCACAGCAAAGUUUGUAGCACAGAAUAAAGAUCUGCCUGUAGAACAAACCACAGAUUGUCUCAGUGCCAUGGCUAACAUAUGUCGUGUUAUGAUAGAAAAUCAAGAACAUUAUUCAAGAUUUAAAAAUGUUGAGACAAAAUUAUUUUGUUUACGAGUUAUGGUUGGUGUUAUUAUUUUAUAUGAUCAUGUUCAUCCAAUCGGAGCCUUCGCCAAAUCAUGUGGAAUAGAAAUGAAAAGUACCAUCAAAGUCAUAAAAGAACAACAACCACGAAGUAGUGUGGAUGGCUUAUUGAAUGCCCUCAGGUACACAACAAAACAUCUCCAAGACGAAACAACUUCCAAAGCAAUAAAAUCCAUGUUAUCUUAAAACAGAUCAUCAAUCGAAUUGUUUGGAGAAAUGUUUCCAAGUUUUUAUAUUUUGAACUCAAGUAAUAGCCUGACAAAGUGGACCAAAAUAGCUACCAUAUUUUAAUCUUAAUUUACUGAAGGGCAGCAGGAAAUAUUACUAUAUCUAUUUACUCACUGGUUUUCUGCCAACAUCCAUGAAUUUAAAUAUUUCUUGAUGUAAUUCAUCACAGCUUAAUUUGGUUGCCUUGCACAGAUUUAUUUAUGUAAUUUUCCACCUUUGAGUGCCAUAAUUUUAGUAUUUUGAUCUUCCCCAGCGGUAUGCAAAAAAGAGUAGUAGAUGUUUUUUUGGUGUUAAUGUUUUGUUAAGAACUUGUUAUUUAAUAUUCUUGUAAAUUUGCUAUUAUAAAAUGAUGCAAUUUCAAAUGUAAAUUUGUAAUUUAAGUCGUUAAUUUUGUGAAAUUGUUAUUUAAUAUUAGGGGUAGAAUAGUCGCUUUCAAAAAGUUGUUGCUAGAUCUUAAAUCCAGUUGUCCACAUAGGUCAUGGCCUUGGCUGGAUGUAGUUUUGCGUGAAUAAAUUCACCAGAGACAGAAGUUGUAACAUGUUGAACAAUUAAUUUCUUGGUUGACCAAAUUCAUUUAUUAGAGUUUAAACAGAGUUGAAUUGAUCCAGUAUUUUAUCAAUGAAAAUUAAAGUAAAUUUGGGAUUGUCCCAUUUUGAGUGUAAAUUCCUUUUUGAAUAGAUCAAUUUUUAAACUUUUUUUUUGAUUUCUACAAAUUUGCUGUAGGGGUCGCAUGAGAACAUUAUAUUCAAGAAAAGUGUUUGACAUGUUAUUAAAAUAUUAUACUUAUGUGUUCAUCCAAAAUUGUGGGAAAAAUUGGUCUAGUAGUUGAAAUCAGUAUCUGCAAGUUUGGGAUUGAUUUUUUUUCUUCUAAAAUACAUGUACAUGUAUACUUAAACUGUCGUUUCACUCCUGGUUAUAUGGAUGGUAUGGCUUGAAGAAGAUUGUCACUCAAUUAAUGUCUUCCCUGAACAAGUCAACAAUGUGAGGGUGAGAUAAUUAUUUUUAAUAAAAGGGUCUGUAGUUUAAAGGAUAGUUAAGAAAUAAAACUUACAAGAUUAACAUUAAGCACACUCUGAAUUUUAGUUUUAUUUAUUAUUAUAUGGAGUAAAACAGUCUUGUGGGGAGGAUGGUGAUUUAAAGAGAAAACUUAACUCAUUCCCGUAGAUAAGAUAAAAAAUUUUACCAUAAAAUUAUUUUUUGUUCCAUUUGUUAUUUAUUAUAUUAUAGUCUUAUGAAGACAUGUUUAGAUAAUGUACAUGUAUGUAAAUCUAUGUUAAGCCUUCAUUUUGAUAGCUUUUGCUUCCUUUUUUAAGAAACGUAUUUAUUUGUGUAUAUAAUUAUAUUUAAAAUAUACAUAGAAAUGGUUGAGGGUAUACACUUUGUAUCAUGUUAUAUAUUUGUGGAAUAAUUCAUCGAAAUCUAGUUACUAGCAUUAAAUAUGUCGUAUACAACCAAAUCUAUUUAUGAAUUAAUUAAUAAGGGAUUAUUAAUGUUAAUCAUAUGGAAUGAUUCCAAAAUUUUGUGCACAAAUUGUUCUUUACAGUCAAUAGAAAUAAGAAAUUGUUUAAUAUUUUUAACUGAUUUAUUCACAGAAAUCAUUUGCCUCUCACAAAAGCAUUAGCUUCAAACAAUUCCAUUUUAUGCUGUGUAAAGUAUGGAAUAUUUUGACUCCAUAUCAUCAGCCAAAAGAGAUUAUUUCUGAACAAAUCUGCAAAGAUUUUUGAAAUCUAAUUGAGCUUUAUAAAUAUCUAGAGCAGUUAUUAGUAUUUAUAAAUAUUGCAUAUUAAUGAGACACAAUAGCUUUCUGACGAUGUAUCUAAUUAAAAAAUACAAACCAGGGGACAUGAAAUUGAUACUUAAUGAUUAAUAAUUCAUAUACCAAAGAAUGCUUAUAACUAAAAUAUAUUUGUUAUUGCAAUCAAUUUUAGACUAAAAUCAAUUGAGGAUUGUUGCUAACUUUCAAUUUCAAAUUCAUCAGAAAAUACAAAUACUCUAUUGGUACAUUUAUAUUUAUUACUACUACUACUACUACCUUGGAAAUGACAUUCCACAGAGAGUUUGGGUUAAAAUAUAUGAGCGUUCAUAUAAUAAGUACAUACAUUUACUUGUUUGAAGAUACCAUUAACUGGGUAAUCUGAUAGUGCUAAUAAAAGUUUAACAUUCACUUAAAUUAAUCAAAUGUACAGUGGUGUUUUGUUUAAAACAUUAUGUUUUCCUUUAAGAUAUUUAAGUUGCCUUUCGUUAGCUAUAUGGGAAAGUGCCUUUAAAUAGAUACUACUCAUAAAUUUAGUUAUGUUGCACAUACAUCUCCUUAAAGAUGCAUUAUGUAAGAUUAAAAUACAUAGUUAGCCAUUUUUGCUAUAAUAGUUCAAAAAUAAUGGAUAGAGCAAAAAUGAACAUAUUGAAAAUUUCAUUCAAAUUACUUAAUUCUGAGCGAAGUUAUCACUGUUUGGAGUUUUGAGAAGAUGUGGCAUUGAUUGUUUAUUAUCAGAACAACGGUACUUCGUCUUGCUUCUCCAUUUUUAAAUUAAUCAUUGAAUGGCCGAAGCGUUCAAAUCUACUUGAAAUCGGAGCCUUACGAUGGCCUAGAGAGUUGAUUAUGGGCAUGUCAUGUUAAAAGUUUAAAUAAAACUUGAUAUAACAUAUGAAGCCACAAUAAAGACCUGUAAUAGGCAGAUUUAGCUUUUACAUAAUGCAUCUUUAAUAAAAACUUGAAGAAAACAAUAUGUUCCGAUUGUCACACAUUGUAAAGAAUUUCAGUUAUUAUGUGUUUGUUGAACCUAUGUUGUAAUUGUUAUAUAUAGUGUACUGUUAUCCUUAUUGUUGCUGGAUGUUCUUAUAUUUUAUGUAAGUUAUUUAAUUAAGAUAGAUAUAAUCAUUAUUUGUUAAUUAGUUCAGGUAUCGUGUGCAUAAUACAUGUCCAUCUUAUAGAAAUCAAAUCACAAGAUGCGUGUACAGGUCUCUGCCUUAUUUGUUUAGGUUCAAAGUCAAAUACAUAGAAUAACAUUCUAGACAUAAAUUUAAUAUUUAUUUUUCUUCCACAUUGCUGUGUGGAUUUUUAAAGGAGCUAAAACCUCUUUGACUUACCUACAAAAGAAAGUUUUAAUAAAUUUUCCGUUCAUUGAUACAUAAAGUUUGAUAUGUAUAUAUCACAUUUCUCUUUUACAUUUAAUUGCACUUAAACAUUAAAUUUUUACCUUAAUAGCUAUGACAAAAUAUAUCCUUAUAGUUAUGGCAUAUUAUAUGUAUUUGCUUGUCAUUAUAAAGAAAUUAAGUCCAGCUAUUUUGAAUGUAUAUUAUAUCAAGAUUCAAGCUAAUAUGAUAAACACUAUAUUUUCUCUUUUUUAUUUAAGCAUCAAGUAUUUCCAUACCUCAGUAUUUUGGUAAAAGGGGUAUAGUUUAUUUCUAUAGAUCUAGAUAUAUUUUAUAUAGUUAAAUUUAACAUUUGAUAGGUACUUUACAUUCAUGACAUUUAAUUCUUGUUAUUACGAGAGCACAUUGUAAUAAGUCGUUCUUUAAUUACAGAUGUCUGAUUUAUUUUUAUUCUGAAAUUUGUAUACAUCAGAUUAGGCUUCUAACUCCUUAGAAAAAGUUAGUUUCUAAUGUUUAGUUAACAUUCACAAAAAUAAGAGCUUGGUUAACUAUGUGCAAAUCAUUCAUAGUAUGUAUAGGCAAUACCUAUUUAUAAGAUCACAUUGACAAAAAACAUAAAAGUCUGAAUUUAUAUUUAUCUAAUUGAACUUGAUCUGAUUUGGACAUUCUUAAAAUAGAGUCUGGCUUAGAUAUUUUGUUGUUAUUUUUUAGGAAAAAAAGUGUAAUUAAAUGAAUUGCUGAUCAAUUAAUGUAUAAUGCUCAUAAAAGUCAUUUUAUUUGUAGAAUUAUACUAUUUUGUUUCUAUCUUAUGCAUGUUAAAUCAUUAAAUGUAAGUUUAUAACCACAUUUAGUCCAUCUUCCCACAGUCAAGAUGUUCCCCAUCUUGUAGCUUUAUAAAAGCAAAAUCUUGGCAUGGGAAUUUUUUUAUCCUAUUUAUCCUUGUAGACAAUUUAUCCAUUUUUUUUAUCAAGCAGGCUUUAAUCAUUGCAGAGAUCCUAUUAAUUUUACUGCUGCUGUGGCUUUCAUGAUGUGUUUUUGUUGGUUUUUUUGUACAUCAAUUACCAAGCUAUUAUUGUUUGAAUAAAAAAUGUAUUUCA